AUGGAAUCGAGAAUGUUUAUGAUAUUUAUGUUCGUAUUGCUUUCGUAUUCGGUGUUAGCAAGUGAUACUGUAGAAGAAAUACGCAAAAUACACGAGAUACUGAAACAGCAGCAAUCCCAAAUCCUGAAACUACAAAACGACAAUAAAUCACUUAGAGCGGAAAACAUACUGCUAAGAAAGGAUGUAGAUAAAUUAAAGGAAAUUGAUUCCAGAAUAGACCAUACCCAUUUUACAGCUGAAGGCUCCGCAGAUAAGGGCAUUUUACCGAAGAGAGCUGGAAAUCCAAAACAAACCACAAAUGUUAAAGAUACAACACUCCAGGAUAUAAGCACAGUGCCGGCCAGUGAUCUUGGAGUUGUGGCAUUCUCUGCUUACAUGUCAAAAAAUGAGGACAAUCCGAGCAGUCACCACACACUAGUCUUUGAUACCGCCCAAACUAAUAUUGGAAAUGCUUACAACAAAUUCACCGGCGCGUUUUCGGCACCAGUAGCAGGUGUGUAUGUCUUUGCAUGGACAAUUUAUUCAGGAGACAAUGGAAAGACAUUUUUUAAUGUUCUAGUCAAUAAUUCAGUAUACGGGGGAACAUAUGGCGAGACUGAUAAUGUCUGCUGCGAUACAGACUCAGAUUCAGGGACUUUAGUCGUAUCGCUGAACCAAGGUGACACCGUAUUCAUUCGUUCGUUUCGUCAAGCCACUACACAAAUUCUAAGUAACGAUUCUUACGGAUCAAAGACAACAUUUGCAGGAUGGAAAUUAAAUUAA